CCUUUCAACGCAGAUGAAAGAUGGCGCAUAAAUUUGUACUCUUGAUAAUAUCAUUAUGUGCGUCAUCACUACGGGUCAGAGGUCAGCUCCCAGAUUUAAGUAUGUUACAGUUAGAUAGCAAGCCAACAAAGACAACAACCACACCACCCCCAGAGCCUGACCCCAUUCUGACGGGGGCAGCAAGAACUUCCUCAGGUCGAGUAGCCCAGAACUCGCCAUCUGAUAUCGUAUUUAAUGACGGGAAAACUGGUGGAUCCGCCACAGACACUGGAACAGUAGAACAAGUCAUCAACCUUGACCUUGAAAGACUGAUAACAGAAACUCUUGGGGGUAUUGGAGAUCCCGGGGCUCCAAGACAAACAGAUAUGACGUCAUUAUUGGACCUCAUCAACACUGACCCAAUUUCAUCUUCUCCAUCUCAAAAUGAGCCGCCAAAACUUCCAGAUUUCUUUUCACUACAACAAGCAUCUCAGCAAAAUUCACCCGCUUCCGGUUCGAACACAGAUUCCAGUGUUGGGAUUCCUAUGAGCUUACAGGAAUCGAGCAGAGCAGCUGCUUCACAGAAAAAAAGUGCUCCGACCGUAAAUAUUCCUGAAAACCCCACCCCACCAGAACUGCCAUCUUUCUCUGAUCUUCCCCCAUUGCCGAACCCACCAGAUCUUCCACCAUUAUCUGCGCAGACAAACGCAAUGGAUGCUUCCUCUUCUUCUGGACUACCACCUCUUUCCCAAACACCCGAUUUACCACCUCUUUCCCAAACACCGGAGUUACCGUCUUUGACCGAAACACAAAACCUCCCACCGCUAUCAGAAACACCACAACUACCUCCUCAAAAUCCACAGUCGCCACCAUCCCGCCUUCCAUUCCCAAAUUUACCAACUUCCGGUCGUCAGCCACUAGACCAAAGAGCUGGGCUCCCUCCUUUUAAUCCCCAGUCGCCCUUUGCCCGACGCCCAUCGCAAGGAUUCCAAGGUUUACCGAGAGGCCCGUUCGCGCCAAAUCUACCUUCAGGGUCUGACCCACUGGGAUUGGGUCCAAUGGGAAGAAGAAGAAAUCCACUUCAAGCUGCCUCGCAACUUCUGGGAAGAGUUAAUAAUAGGGGACCUAAUGUUCCUUCAACCGGACCCGAAAACAUACCUUCCGGGCCAAUAAACACAAAUGCCGUGUCAGAGGGAAAUGCCCCUUCAAAUGACCAAAACUUGUUACCAUUUGCAGAGAAUGUUUUAACACAAGUCCAGCAACUAGUGGACCGUUUGAAAGAUAAUGGCGAUGGGCGUCCCGCUGGUCGCAGGAACAAUCAAAGAAGGCCUGGACCCACGCCAGAUUGUCCCAAUGGUAGACCUGCCUGUCCCGAAAAUUCUUGUGAGACAUCGGCCUGUCUCAAUAUUAUCAACGCACAGUGCAGGCCUUCCUGUACAGGAUGUGCUCCUCGGUAUUUUGUGAAUGACAGAGACGUUACUGAAACUUGUACUAUAAUAUCCGGUCUUCGUCCCAGUGGAGGUAUAGCUAACAUAGAUCCUAGAGAGCAAGGGGCACAUCUCUUUAUGGGAACAAAUGGCGAAUUCCUCAACAUUCCAAAUCGUGGCAGACCUCCUCAACCUAGAGUAGGACCCAGAUUACCCACACAAAGGACACAAACCCUUAUAGAUCCGCUCACCCGUCAGCCAAUGGAUCCCAGGUUUAUUGAACAACUGGAAUCACGGCGCAUGCGUGAUCCACGUAUGGAACAACUGUUUUCGGGAGACCUUCCUGGGCAUCAAUUUGUCCCAGGUGCUGGAAAUCCGAACAUGGACCCUCGAUUUUUAAGGGCUCUCAUCGAAAAUGAAAACCAAGCCAGACUUAAUAAUAGACCAAAUGGGACCCCAUUCGAUCCACGGAUCAGACAAUUUAUGAGACCUGGCUCUCCUCCAAUAAAUCUGCAGCAAAUUGCGCGUGCCCAGGGACAAAACUUGGACAUGGAUGCUGUUCGUAGAUUCAUAGCAGAGCGAGGACUACAAGGAACGGUUAAUCUGGGUGAGCCUGAUAGCACUUCACCGGCACGUAGUCGAUUUGGCAAUCGUAUCAACGAAUUCAGACGUAGAGCUAUGGCCAACAGAUUUCCAACACAAGGUUUACCAAAUGGUAUAAACACACUUCCUACCCAAGGAAGGGCCCCUGGAAAUUCUGCUGUUCAGCAAAGACCUCUUAUGGUAGUUAACCAACAAGAUUUACAAAGGCUUCAGACCGACUUUGCCGCCUUCCAGGCACGACCUGGAAACACCCCACAACAGACUACAGGUAAUCGAGUCCCGAAUACCCCGAACCUCCAGACGGCUCAGAACAAUCCACUGGGUACUAUAGCAGCCUUCAGGCAACUUCAGAGACAGGCUACAUUCAGAGCAGGCAGGCCAUCGCCAGGAAGGCAGAUAUCAAACGUCAUCUAAAAUACUCAACUGACGCCAUGAAUGAGUCUAUCAUUCAUUUCGUCAUUUCUUGACACUACAACUUGGUUUAUGUUAUUUAUAUGUUAUUUUUUCUUAAUUAAAGUGUUUUAAAACAUC